AUGACAAUACCGUUUGGAAAAGUAGUAAUAAAAAUUUUAGGAGCAAGGGAUACAUUAAUAUGUGAUAUAACAACAAGUGAUCCAUAUUGUUUAAUAUCAACAAAAGAUUCAAAAACUUUUAAAACUGAAGUUAUUUAUAAAACUUUGAAUCCAGUUUGGAAAGAUGAAGAAUUUGUUUUUGAUGUAAUUGAAAAUUCACAAAUUAUUUCAAUUUUAAUGUAUGAUGAAGAUAAAUUUAGUAAAGAUGAUUUUAUGGGAUUAGUUAGAAUUAAUAUUGAUGAAUAUAAAACUAAAGGUCAAAGAGAUAUUUGGAUACCACUUGAAGGUAAAAAUCCAAAUAAAAAAGCAAAAAAAAGAGGUGAUAUUCAUAUUCAACUUUGUUAUUAUUCAUUUACUUCAUUAACAAAUUAUUUAAUUAAAAAUAAUCAUAGUUUAAUUAUAAAAUUAUCAAAACAAUUAAUUUCAGAUGAUUUUGGUAAAGCAAUAAUGUAUUAUUUUUCAAAUUGUAGUGAAAGUGGUAAAGAAUUAAUUGAUAUUGUUAGAGAUUUAGCAUCGAUUGAAAUUGAACAAACUAAUGAUGCUAAAGUUUUAUUUAGAACUGAUUCAUUAUCAACUAAAGUGAUUGUAUCAAUAUUUAAAACCAUUGGAUUUGGCUAUUUAAAAGAGGCAUUAUGUCCAUUAAUUAUGUCAAUGAUUAAAAAUGAUAUCAAUUUGGAGGUUGAUCCAAGCAAAGGUGGUAUAACAGAGGCUGAAGUCGAACAAAAUGCAAUUCAAUUAUCAUUCUUUUGUUCAUCAUUCAUAACAGCUAUUAAAGCAUCGUUAGCCGAUCAAUUACCAAUUGAAAUUCGUCAAAUUUGUCAAAUCAUUAAUCAAUUGGUUGAAAAGAAAUAUCCAAAUGAUAAUAUUAAAUCAGUUGGUGGUUUCUUUUUCCUUAGAUUCGUUAAUCCUGCUAUCUUUUCACCAGAGGCAUUGGGUUUAAUUUCAGUUGCUCCAAAUUCAAAUGUUAGAAGAACUUUAACACUAGUGAGUAAAAUACUUCAAAAUAUUUCAAAUCAAGUAACUUUUUCAAGUGGUAAAGAAGAAUAUUUAUCAAGUUUUAAUAACUUUAUAUCUUCAAGAUUUGAUGAUUUUAAAAUUAUACUUCAAGAAGUUUCAUCAUUUAAUGAUAAUAAUAAUAAUAAUAAUGAAUUACAACUAUUUAAAAAUUUAAAAAUUGAUUCAAAUUUAUUAAUGAAAUAUACAGAUACUAUAAUUACUUUAAUUUCAGAGAAAAAACAAAAUUUAAUUGAUAAUGAUGAUAAUCAAUUUAAUGAUGAAAUUUUAUCAAGAUAUCAAUUAAUUUUAUCUCAACAAAAACAAGAACCAAAGAUAUUAAUUGAAAAAUCAAAAAAAUAA